AUGAAGUGUCUGAACAACCGGGCCGACAGCCACCUGACGGGGCAGGUGGAGUUGGACGGCGUGGGGAACGGGUCCUGGGUGAACCAGGCCUACUGCGGGUCACCUGUGCCCCUGCCCCGGGCUGUCAGCACCAUCUACAACCCCCAGCCCCUGUUCCAGGGCUCCAUGGACAGCGUGUACAAACUGGACACCCCCGGCCCCUUCGCAGAACCCCCAGCGACACUGGAGACGCCGGAGUCCAGUGGACAGAGUCUGGUGAAGAAACGCAGAGGCUGCUGCUCCUUUAUCAAAGGGUUGUGGGGGACAACGUUGACUGAAAACACCUCAAACAACAGGGAGCUGUUUGUCCGAACCACUCUGCGGGAGUUACUGGUCUAUCUGGUGUUUCUGGUGGACAUCUCCCUCUUGACAUACGGUAUGACCAGUUCCAGCACCUACUAUUACACUAAAGCCAUGACGGACCUGUUUGUGAACAUGGCCGGGGACAAUGGGGUUAAGUUUCAGUCCAUCAGCACCAUGGCCGACUUCUGGGUUUUUGCUAAAGGCCCGCUGCUCGACGGCCUCUACUGGACUAGAUGGUACAAUAAUCAGUCCAUGGAAAAUGGAGACCAGUCCUUCAUUUACUAUGAGAACAUGCUGCUGGGAGUUCCCAGAAUGAGGCAGAUCAAAAUCAAGAACAACUCCUGCAAAGUCCACAACGACUUCGAGGAUGAAAUCACAGGAUGUUUUGAUGUCUACAACGACAAGAAAGAGGACGAUCUGAGCUUUGGCCUCAUCAACGGCACUGCUUGGACUUACCACACAGAGAAAGAGGUCAAGGGUUCAUCUCACUGGGGGCUGCUGACCACCUACAGCGGAGCCGGAUACUACCAGGACCUGAGUCGCACCAAAGAGGAGACCACCGAGAAACUGGAUGAACUGGUCGAAAACCUGUGGCUGGACAGGGGAACCCGAGUUGUCUUCAUUGACUUCUCCACCUACAAUGCAAACAUCAACAUGUUCUGUGUCAUCAGAUUGGUGGUUGAAUUCCCAGCGACUGGAGGAGCAGUUCCUUCGUAUCAGAUCAGAACAGUCAAACUCAUCCGCUACAUCACCUACUGGGAUUACUUCAUCCUGGGCUGUGAGAUGGUCUUCUGUUUGUUCAUCCUCUACUACAUAGUGGAGGAGAUCCUCGAACUGCGAAUACACAAGUUCUCCUACUUCGGCAGCAUUUGGAAUAUACUGGAUAUUGUGGUUAUAAUGCUCGCCGUCAUUGCCAUCAUCUUCAACAUUUUCCGUACGGUCAAAGUGGACAACCUGCUCGGAAACCUGCUGCAGCAACCAGAAAUCUACGCAGACUUCGAGUUCCUGGCAUUCUGGCAAAUGCAGUACAACAACAUGAACGCAGUCAACCUGUUCUUCGCUUGGAUCAAGGUUUUCAAGUACAUCAGCUUCAAUAAGACCAUGACUCAGCUGUCGUCCACUCUGGGUCGAUGUGCCAAAGACAUCGUAGGAUUCGCCAUCAUGUUCUUCAUCGUGUUUUUCGCCUACGCUCAGCUCGGUUAUCUGCUCUUUGGGACCGAGGUUGAGUCCUUCAGCACCUUCGCCAAAUGCAUAUUCACACAGUUUCGAAUCAUUCUCGGAGACUUCGACUACGACGCCAUCGAUCGUGCAAACAGAGUUCUCGGACCAAUCUACUUUGUCACAUAUGUUUUCUUCGUUUUCUUUGUUCUUCUGAACAUGUUCCUGGCCAUCAUAAACGACACGUAUUCAGAGGUGAAGGAGGAGCUGUCGUCACAGAAAGACGAGCUGCAAAUUACUGACAUCAUCAAACAGAGCUACAUGAAGACGUUCACGAAGCUGAAGCUGAAGAAGGAGAAAAUAUCUGAUGUUGAGAAGGCUCUUCAAUCUGGAGCUGGAGAAAUCGAGUUCAAAGAUUUCAGAGAAACACUGAAAGAAAUGGGACACGCUGAUCAUGAGAUUUCUGCAGCGUUUUCACAGUUCGACCGUGACGGGAACCAAAUUCUAGAUGAAGACGAACAAGAGAGUAUGAAGAAGGAGCUGGAGGAGAAGAGGGAUGCUCUUAGUGCUGAACUGAAAAACCUGGGGGUGAACUAUGAGAAGGAUUUACUGGAAAAAGCUCCUGUGGUGUCAAACGAACAGAGGAAACACGGCGGUCAACCCUUUAUAGAACGGGAACAGUUCCUAAGACUGGCCAGAAAUGUCCUCCAUCUUGAAAGCUCUGUGGCCGCCGUCACAUCCAGGGUCGAACUGAUUAUGGAGAAACUGGGAAUAAACAACGAAGCAGCAGGAAAACAGACGAAUGACAUGAAGAAUGAUGUGAGUAUGAAGGAGCAGGGGAGGAAAUAACAUCACACCAGGAAAGAAGCCCU